ACAAUCUUGCGCAGGCCGAUGAAUCCGUGCGCGAAAAAAACACAAUACCUAAUACUUGACCAUAUCUUGAACUUUGGUUAUGCAGCUGAGUUGUCCACAGCAGACACUGAUCAUAUUUUAUAGCGGUUCAGUCAAACAGAAAAAAUGGCAGUUUGUACUAACAUGGCAAAAUAACCAUCACCGCUAUAGCGAUUGAUCAGAAGAUCUCAGUUCCUUCUACGGCUACAAAUUAAAGCACCUGACAACAAGCAUUGUUCAAAAGGCAUUAAGGUACAAUGUUAUAAUUAAAAUUACAGAUCUCUUAGUUGAAAUUCAUGAAAAAUGAAUGAGCUUUGCAGCUAUUAUCAUGUAAAUUUCAAAGUUUGUGUCAAAAUAUCCCUUGCCAUGUGAACCCCAUUGAUCGAAGUGAUUGAAUGAAAAUGCUAUUUAUACUUUCAUCGUAGUACAAGCUAGCACAUACUAUAGUAUAGUCGGUUAUAACUGUAACAUUUGUUCUAACCCCGAGUUCGGCUUCUGAAUUUACCGUUCAACUCAACACAAUAGGGAGGUUUAGUUUUCACUACGAGUACGGCUGUCACGACAACUGUUGCACGAGAUUUUUCCCGCCAAAAGUAUGGCCAACUUUCUGUUGACUUUGGCAAGUUGUAGACGACAUAUUGUCGAGUACGAGAUUUUGAACAAAUCUCGUAAUCGGAUAACGAGUUCGUUUUAGAAAUUUAUUGAUUUGUUGCUGCCUUUAAUUACCAACUGAAUGAAUUUUUAAAAGUGUGCAGAGCAUUUUAUACUGCAUUUGUUUUAGACGCUUAGUUUUUAAAGAAAAGCUAUACUCAUGAAAGUUUUUUAGUUUUAAUUAAACGCCCGUUGCCGUUCGGUACUAAACAGAAUAACGAGUACAACUUGCCAAGUUCAACAGACACCGGUUGGCUGUACUUUUGACGGGAAAAGUCUCGUACUUGUUGUCGUAUACUCUUGAUACGAAUAAGAAAACGCGAACAUUAGAUGUAAAAACGCCAAUGAAUUUGACAAUGCAAGUAUACAUUCUUAGGCGCCAACAAGUGUUAAUUAAAACUUUCAAAUGAAAAUUUUCCCGACCGUAUACGUAUAUAAAUACGAAAUAAAUCCUCUGCGUAUACGUAUGGGCUAAAUGCCUAUCGUGCAGAGAUAAUCUUGCAUGACAUGCAUCAUUCGCCCACGACUUUCCGGGGCUUUCCCAGCUGUGAUGACGGAAUACGAUGACGCUGUUAUCAGAUAAGUUCAUACUGAUCGACUUACUGAAUUCCGGAGUUGACAACUGAUUAUGCAGUAACGUCAUAUAUAGGCCAAAACGGCAAAAGACCAACAGUGAAUCUUCUUGCUUAUCAGCUGAAGAUUUCGGGUUGCGGUAUACAAAUAGUACAGGCAGUCUCAUUCAUUUUUACAUAGCAGAAUUUACUUUGCAUUGAUGUGGAUACCCAGGUGGCGGUUGGAACUGGCGAAAUCACAGUAGCCGGGAUGAAAAAUCCUCCUCUGCCGGUAUAUUUAUACCGGGUUGGCUUGGUUGCGGCCACCGGGGAUUAACUGAAGUGCAUAAAAUUAGCGCCACGAAUUAUUGUUAAAAAUUGUCAAAUAGCCAAAUGAACCAAAUAGCCACAUCACAACAAAUUCGCCUCACUUUGAGUAUGAGAAUCACAAAUGAGUGAAAUGACAACCCAAGCAGUUCAAUUUUUAAUUGCUUUAUAUACAUAGUUAAUAUUUUAUAUUAUAAAAUGUAUUAUCCUGAAGGACACCUUUCUUUAUUUUGCUUUGAAAUAUGCUACAAUCUUGGGUAUGCCUUGGUUGAGACUGUCUUCGCAUCUACAUACAAAACUAUACCAGUUGUAUUGGGGUUGUUCACGACAUCCGUUGAACUUGGGGAGAGGGGGAUGACGACAUUUUGGUCUGUUAUCUGUGCCAGUGUUGGUAGUGCCAAUAAUAAUAGGAAAAAUACACAUGAAUUUUAUAGUUCUCCCAAUCUCGUUCCCCGAGCAUGCCCGUUCGCAGGUUAAGGGUGGGCAUAGCUCUGGAGAAAUCGAAUUGAUUCAGGCCGGUGAUUGGCUAGCGGCAGAUAGUACGUUGGAUUUUCAACGUGAGUCCUACGCAUGCUCGGCAAUUGCUGCAAAUAUAGACAAAGUAUUUAGAAUUUCUCGUCGAAAUUUGAUACUUUUUACACUGAAAUCGAUUGAAAACAACUAAAAAUUCUGGGGGAAAUAUGUACGAAAGCUUCGGAUUGAUAGGGAUUCAACAACCCGAAAAAUACAAGGAGAACUUCGACGUUUCGGGCGAAGGCGCUUCGACUUCUACUGUUAAUAGAAUGACAGAAUUUUUGCUGUGAAGUGUGGACCUGCGGUUGAUGUCUUUAAAACUGGACUAAAGGUUUAAAUUUUCUUGGACAUUGUAUUAUUGACGUUUUCUCUCAUAUACUAUAUAUGUGUUUUAAAAUUUAAAUUUUACUCUCCUGUCAGAAUUAUGGAGAUUAUAUUUAUAAUGAGGAGAUUAUAUUUAGCAUGAAUGCCGACAGUAUAAAACGUCAGUUACGAUGUAUACAAACACUAACAGUACAACUCGAAGCGCCUUCGCUCGAAACGUCGAAGUUCUCCUUGUAUUUUUCAUUUAGUUGUAUCCCUAUCAAUCAGAAGCUUUCGUACAUAUUUCCCCCGGAAUUUUUAGUUGUUUUCAAUCGAUUUCAGUGUAAAAAGUAUCACAUUUUCGACGAGAAAUUCAUAUACUUUGUUUAUAGUUGCAACAUAUGCCGAGCAUGCGUAGAACUCACGUUGGAAAUCCAUGCCCACCCUUAACCUGCGAACGGGCAUGCUCGGGGGAACGAGAAUGUAGUUCUCCUUGUAUGUUCAGGUAGUUGUAUCGCUAUCAGUCAGCAGCUUUCAUAUUUUAGUUUAGCCUAUGUUCCACUCCACAACAGUGCCGGUGUAGUGGACUCACGCGCUAGCUACAGCUGUAUAUUAUGAUUCAACUGCAAUUAUGCGUGGGUGCAGAACGCACAUUUAAAUUAAGAACUGGAUUAUUUUAUAAAUAAGAUCAGCUUUUCCAAAUAAUUUUUUAUAUAUCUAUACAGUAUAUAUAUUCUUUGAUCCAUAUAUACAACACUUAUACAUAAAUACUCAAAUGUUGCAAUUGAAUUUAAAACUCCUUGAUUUUGAGACUGUAUAACUAGAAUUUUGACAUACAAGUUCGUACUCCGUAUAGCGACAAUGACCAAUGAUGAAGCAGAAUUAUGUUUGCAGUGUUUAACUACUGGCAUUCCCAAUUAGGUCACAUGCGUGUACUUCACACGAAUUGCGUCAUUCUGGAAGGUCGUCAAAGAGCUUUGCGUGAAAUGAGGCAUUUUGCCAGAAAAAAACGUCCGCAUCAAGCAUGCAUGUCUAGUUUGAAGUUCAUUAAUUAAGUCAACGAAGACGUACGAAGCACGCCCGUCCUUUACACAUGAUCACAUGAACACAAUGAACUAUAUAAGUCUAUAUUAUAGUUCUUUUCGCAUGAUGUGUAACUGAGGCGCCAAAUUAUUACACGAUCUGGCCGAAUUGCAUGCAUAUAGCAUAUUAUAGCAAAACUAUGAACUUUGAAUGAUAAACUCGAGGAUAAACUUAAACAUAUCAAAUAAAUCACUCGUUUUGUUCUUUCAAUAAUCAAAACCCAUAUUUUAUAUACAUUAUUACAAUGAAAGAGAAAUCUAGACCGUUACUCGUUGGUAUAUAGCUAGUCCUUAAUUAAUAUUCUUCAAAGAAAAUAAAUAUUUUGUUUCUACCGCAGGAAAGCCUACUAUAACCAUUAAUAAAAGAUCCAUAAACUUGAAAGUCAAUCCAACUUUGCACCAACUUUGCAAUGUCAUUGUGCGUUGGGUAUUGAUCAAGUUUAUAUAUAUAGAUUUACAUUUUUAUCAGGCCUUUAGCUGUCAAAUGCACCAUUUUUGUUUCACUGCGAUAAAAAAUGGCCAAAUAACGAGCUAAUUAUAGCUGCGGAUAAAAGUCAUAUAAGUUCAUGGUAAUUCGAUAAUGCGAUCAUUUGAACACUGUAAAAAAAAAUUGACAACCAAUAAUUGGCUAUCUAGCCAUCUAAGAACAACGUACUUAAUUAACCAAAUUUUCAUCGCGGGACAGUAGUUAAGCAUGCUGUAUCUUUCAACAAUAUAACCUGGGCGCGAUGCCCCUGACAUGCUGUUAUCUGAUUUUAAUUUCGCCUCAUUUGUAUUUCUGCGGAAGCUUCUCGGCAUGAAUUUGAUUAAUUUUCUGCUGUAUCACCGCUUUAUAUCUUCAGUGCAUUGGAUGGCAUUUUACUUGGUCCCUAUUAGGAAAAGCAUGCAUGUGCUAUUGCAGUUUAGAUAAAACUGAUAUAGAGAGCUAUAUCCAAUUAAUAAUGUUCAGUUUACAAAAUUCUUCAGAAUGAUAUAUACUAAUACAACAUUAGACUACUAUAUAAAUCCCCGGUCAAACGGGGCCAUGCAUGGGAGUUGAUGAGAUCUAAUUGCCGCAGUCACUCAUUAAUUAAUGCAUUGUUUUUAAUACGGGUGACAUUUCAACUCUAAACUAGUAAUAAAAUAAAAGUAUGAUGAGUGUUCCAACUAUGUUUUAAGUUGUAACUUAAAUAAAGUACAUGGUAGAGCUAUAACCACACAGCACCGUGAAAGCGUCGUUUGGUGAAGAUCACCCGCUUAUCAUGCAGUAAAUAUAACGUACGUGCUGCCAGCCUGCUGCGACCACUUCACACAAGUAAGCUUGUCAGUUAAAGUCAUGCGUCUCAAACAUGAAUUUGACGCACAAGGGUCCUUGAUCGUUUUGACUAACCGUGUUUUGACGUAGGUGCAUGGCAAAGCGUCCUGAAUGAAUGAAUGAAUGUAAUAUUGUACUACAACACACGUAUAUUCAGUUACAAUGAUAAACAAAUUAAAUUCCCCAUCAGGAAACUUUCAAUAUAAAAAGUAAAUGAUGUUGCGGUUUUUUUUGUUUUUUGCAUGUUUUUUUUUUUGUUUUUUUUUUUGUUUUCGGUCUUUUAAUAAGCAAGUCUACAUGUAAGCGGCAAACAUUCUUAAUAAACAUACAACGGUAAUGGUUGAUUAAUUCUUAGGAAACAAUUUCUCUGUAUAGACGUCUGUCUAAUUUCUCAUUGUCUAAAAGGCAUAAGUAUACUAGUAUUAGUUGGCACUAUAUUUAUAGUAGGCCUAUAGGUAUAAUAAUACUUUCGAGUGGUAUGAAUGCAACUACCUGCAAAAUACAAGGAGAAAUUAAUUUGACUUUUCGAGUGAAGGCUGUCCUAACUUGGCUACUAAUUUCCAGACGAAGUGCCUUCGCUCAAAACGUAGCCUGCAUGGCAGGCGGUCCCUAAAAUCGGGCAAGCCUGGGAGCUCGAAACGUUGAAUUUCUCCUUGUAUUUUUCAGGUAGUUGCAUUUAUACCAACCAGGUUUUGUUAAUGAAACAUAGAACACAAAUAUUAUUGCACGUCAGAGUAUUUUGUAUCCUUGAAGGAUAGUUCGUCUCGAAACGCAGCUAGGGGCGCACUGCGAAGAGGCUAAGGUUGGGGCAGUAUCGCAUUUUUCGACAACAUUUCAGUCGCUAAUUAAGAUUCAUUUUCCCAAAAUUAUUGGCGAGGGGAAGGAAGACGGGAGACGAGGUAAAAAUGAUUCCGGACACGCCAUUUUUCACUAACCACCAAACUAAUGUACCGUCAUUUGUUAAAUAUUUCGGUAAUAUUUUUGUAAAUUUUCCGAACAUGAUCCGAAUUUUCCGAAUAGGCUUCCAACUUUCCGAAUAGUCUAAAAAUUGAGGGCGGGGGGGGGGCGCACGCUACGGCCCUGUAGCAUAAUAUAUAAUAGUUAUGAUUUACGCACAAAAGCAAUCAGUUGAGUACAAUUGGUACAGAGCUGUCCAGUCGAAAUAAAGUUUCACUUACAAACAUUUCUCAGAAUGAUAUGAGACCUAUUUAGAAAGGACGUACCCUGCGUGUCAGGCUAGCAUAGAGCCUGACACGCAGGCUAGAAAGGACGAGGCCGAAAUGCGACGAAGCGGACUAAAUUUCAGCUCAAGAUAGUGGCUUUAUUGUUGAGAAAGUUCCACUGUAUAGACGAUAGUACUGAGCUAAUUUGCUUAGUAUCACUUCUCGCGUCUUGAAAUACAGGCGUUUUAUCCAAGACGUAAAAGUCUGUAGUUUUCCAUUGUCAACAGACCGUGGUCGUGGACGACGUCUCAAACUCCAGUGGAUUUUAAUAAUUCAUUCUGUUUUGAAUCUCAUUGUCGGAAUAGCCGUCGUCGUGACAUUGCUGUCCCACAUCGUAAGGUCUCUAAUUACUAUCCUGAAUUUCUCAGCGCUUAUUCUCUUGUAUUUUGACGACAUUUUGCCAUGAUUUUUAACGUUUCGAAUGACUUAAAUCCUUUUUGUGUUUUGGCGGCAUUUCGGCGUCAUGAAGCAAUGAUGCAGCAAAUGCCGAGUAACUCGAUUCCAUAAAAAAAGAGCGCUUGCUUGUCCCGCCUUGGCGAGUAACUCGCCUUGCCGGGUAACUCGCCUUGCCGGGUAACUCGCCUUGCCGGGUAACUCGCCUCAAUGAUAAACAGGCACUUAACAGUCCAUUAUGCCGUCUACGGGACUAACAGCGUCAACGUGUUAUUAUACACAACUUGUGCAAAUCACCCGACUUUCAUGCAGUAAAUAGCCCGCUAUACGUGCUGCCAGCCUGCCAGCUUGCUGCGGCCACUUCGCGCAAGUGAGUGAUCAUUCAGUUACGCGUCUGCCUUUGCAGCGAACAUGCAGUCCGUGAUCGUUUUACGUAAAUGCGAACGGCGUCUUGGAUGGCGAUGCAAUAUUGUACUACAGCACGCGUUAUAUUCAGUGGCCAAUAGAAUUGAACAACAAAAUAGACGUUUUUGCGCAACUGCUUCAAUUGAAGAUAUGCUGCACAGAUCUUUUCUGCGGGUUAAUAGCCCACCUGUUUUUAGUGUCUUUUAUAUGACGCUUCAGUUCUUCGCACUAAGGCCAUAUAAAAAAUGUCCCAUCCCGGUGGUGUAACCAGGAUAUUUAAAAAAAUAAAUUAGACAUGCGGGUUUUUUUUUUUUGUUUCUUUACUGAACAAUUCUAAAUGUAAACAGCAAACCUUUUAAAUAAAUAGGCUACAACAGGAAAGGUCAAUUAAUUCUUAGGAAACAAUUACUCUGUACAGUCUGUCUAAACAUUGAAAAGUAGGUAUAAACAAACGUACAGAAUACAAAUAUGAUGGCACGCGCGAGUAUUUCGGAUCCUAAUUGAAUUGCCUGGAAGGGAUGGCAUUUAUUUGAUCCAUGAAUCAAAGGAGAAGGCAUUUGUUUGAUCAUGAAGGGAUGGCAUUUAUUUGGCAUUUAUGGAUCAUGAAGGGAUGGCAUUUAUUUGACUCCUAUAAAAAUAGGAAAAGCACUAUAAAGCAAUCAGUUAGAUGAACUGGUAUUCAGCUAUCCACGGCAGUAAAAAUAAAGUUUAUUUUACAAACAUUCCUCAGAAUGAUAUGUGCCGCCUAUAUACGAGACUAACAGAUUCAACAAUAUUAUACACAAAUAUCAUGUACGUGCUUCCAGCUUGCUGCGGCCACUUGACCCAAUUCAGUGAUCAUUGAGUCACUCAUCUGCCAAGUGACAUAAAAUCCGAGUGAUCCGUUUAACGUAGAUGCGAAGCAUCCUGCAUGCAUGGCGAUGCAAUAUUGUACUGCAACAUGCAUACCGUUAUAUUCACACAGUAGCCAUAUAGAUUGGACAAAUUAGAAUUAAAUAAACUGGGGGUUUUUUUUUGGGUUUUUUGGGGGGGGUUUUGGGGGGGGGCGGUGAUAGGGGUAUACAAAUAUGCCAUCCGCCAAAAUUUGAAGCAAAAUCCACCUAUCCGACAAUGGCCGAUCUUGUCUAAAUUUGGGUCCGCAUCAAAAUAUUAGAUAAAUCCGCAAUCCGCUGUAUUAAUAAGAUCUACAAAUCCGGGUGAAUAUUCGCCAGAUCCAAAAUACGAACCGGCAAUUUUUUCGGCAGAAUCCAACGAUCCGAAAACAUAUUCACCUCCCGUUUUUGCUCUACGGUUGCUGUAUAAACCUUAGUCAUAUAAAAGGCGAUUUUAUACUUUUUUCUAAAAAGUAAAUGAAGUGUGCGGGGUUUUCUUGUUUUUUUUUUAGCAAGGUCUACAUGUAUAAACGGCAAACAUUUUUAAUAAAUGCAACAAGAACGGUUGAUUAAUUCUUAGGAAACAAUCACUCCUCAGUGUGUCAAAACAUUGAAAAGUGGGUAUAAACAAACAUAUAGCCGGAGUUUUUAUUGCUUCCCUAAGUAAAAUAAUUAUGCGAAAUAGGUCAUACUUGCGCACGCAAGUUGAUUUAGGUAUAGUCACGUGAUUGGAUGGUAGUAUAUAUCAAUGGUAAAGCGGAUCAUUUUUCCAUUCCUGUUCCACGAGGGCUACAGAACACAUCAAGAAUUGGUCGAAAGAGAUUUUAUCUUCUGUAUCUGGUAAAUAUCUAGUUAUUUAUGAAAAAUAAUAUAAUGGUGCCAAUUUCAUUUUACUCUUACUUAUAUAUUCAUUCUAGUACGGGCGACUACAGUACACUCUUAAAUAUGAAUCAAAUUUGGCCUUUGGGCGUUUACAAUUAGAUAUUCCCUGGUAUUUCGAUUUAUAAAAUGAGGUCAAAUUGUUGGGGGUAUAUCUAACCCUCAGUGUGUAAUAAGCAUAUUUGCUCCCGCAGUCGUGGUGUACGCCAAGGUGUUCACGGCAUGAACGAUUUUGUACCACAAUAUUAGCGGUGCUUCCUUGGAGCGUAACACUGAUUUAGUAUUAUUCGGCAGAACAGAAAGCCGACAAACAGUUUGUAGUUUAUAUGCGCAUGCAGAGAAGCGAUAAAUGUAAUUUCACGAAUUACUUCCUUAUCGCGGGCUAUCCAGAUUGCUCGAUGUGCUCAAUAAUAAAAAAAAUACCAAAUGCGGAGGCGAUUUCAUAAUGCGAGCCCUGAUGAGAAACCUGGAAUUUUUUUAUUUGACCUAAUCCUCAAUGAGAACAAACAUUUUGUUAUAGUCUUAAUUAAACUCGAGGUUAUACUAUAGUGAGUGAGGAUCGAUAAUUGGAUCCGCACUAAUCUAUCUACGCUGAGAACCGCGGUUGAACGUACCGUUUAAUGUUUAUAGGCUAAUUAAUGAGUGAUGAAAUAAGAAUGUACACGAUAUACGCUGGCUUCAAACUAUACUGACAUAUUUUCCUAGAUCAUGCCGGAUCGCGUACAAAAUAGCGGCUCAUUUAAAUCCGGCACUGCAGAAAAUACGUCCUAUAAAUUUUCCCAUAGUCAUGCACUUAAAAUCAAAUAAUCUUGCUCAUUAAAAUUAAUUUUAAUUUCGUAUUGUAAAGACUUGUUCACACUAACAAUUCUGUCUUUUGUUAGUUUUCCUCCAACAUAUAUGCCGGGCCGCCAUGACAUCAAUUGCAAACCAUCAAUUCACAAUUAAGUAAAUAGUAAUUAGUUAUUUUUGUAGGCUUACCGGGGUAUAGUCAGUAGACCUGCUCAUAUGAGCCCAGCUAACCGGGAAACUCGCCUGAGUGAGAUCCGCCUUUGCUGACGCAGACUUGAUUCUGCAAUUUGUGUUCAUAUGAGAAACGAGCAGUGCAGCCCGGCUAGCUAGGUAGGACUUCGCCUUGUACAGUGGGAUAAAAUUACGCUUUGUCCAACCUGACCAGGAUGGUGGACAUUCUUGGCCGAUUUUAUUUGACCUAUAUUAUUAACUAACUAAACAUUACUAGACCUAAACAGACCUAACUAUUAAAGUCAUAAUACAUGCAAAGUGCAUGCAGUUUGUAUGUAAUUAGUACAUAAGACGCCGAUUAGAUUGGAUAUCCCACUCAGGUGAACUUCCAGGGAAACCGGGCUAUGGACAUGCAGUGUCCAGUGAAAAUAUAAUUUAGUUAAUUAGUUUGCAAGAAUCACUCAGAUAAUGUGCACGCGAUUCUAACCGAUACAACCUAUAAUAAAGUCGGCGCUAUAUCACAAAAGCGUUUCAGUAUGCAAAUUACCCGACAAAAGCGUUAAUCAGCUGCAAAUAAUGUACCGGCCACUACCACUUCACAAUGCCACGCAUCUCAAAUGUAAACAUCAGUGAUUUCUGCAUGAUAAGGGUCCGUGUCCUUUUAGUUUUAGUUGGUGGAAGCAUAGUUUGGAUGGAUGCAAAAUUGAUCUACGCGUUAUAUUCAUUCAACAAUGUUUUUGCGCAACUUAUAGCUGCUUUGAAUAUGCUAUAUAUACAUCACAUAUCUUUGCUGGUAGUUUAUAGCUCACAUUUCUGCAUUUUAUUUUUACGCUUUUAUUCUGUACCACUAGUUUCUCAUCCCAAUUGUACCUGGUUUCUCAUCACAAUUUUUUAAAAAGUAAUGCGGUUUUGGUGUUUUUUUUAAGUCUACAAACAAAUGGCAAACAGCAACAGCCACAUAAAAACAUCCACUUGUAGCCAUGCAGUACAGUAAUUAAAUGAAAGAAAAUAUAAAAUCAAAUUUCAGUAUAUAUAGAAAAAUUUUAAUCAAACAAUCUUCAUGCUCAUUAAAAACAAUUCUUAAUUUCGUGAAGGGAACGGCAACGUGUUGAAAUACAAAUUAACAUGCAUGUUUGAAAUGUGUAGGCAAAACAAUUAUGUGUUUUGUAUAUGCGAGUCCAUGCAUAAUAAUACUGAAUAAUGUACAGGAGCACUCUUAAAUUUCUGGGUGUUCUUGCAACACCAAAAUCGUAUACUGAUCAUUGCGGCUGUAAAACUCGACACUGAUUUAGGCUACAUUCACGAAAUAAUGCUAAAUUAAAUUAGCACUCACCUAAAGUAAACCUUUGAUCAAGUGAGUAAAUAAAUUUAAACGAAAAGCAUUCUAAUUUACAGUUUUGAGACCUGAGAUACUUGGUUUGUAAGCGGUCCAAAAAAGUAACAGUCUGAUGCAUGAGUCGUGUUCAUACGGAGGCGCCAAGCUCGCUCCGUUUAAGAACCGUGCUUAAUUUUAAAUUGUUACAGAAAAAGUGACGCUUUCAACAAAAACGUAUAGUCUUAGUGUAAAUUGAUACUGACAAGACAAGUUGCCGUGACACCAUUUUUGUGUUAGGGAAACAUCGAAAUCAUACUUAAUAAGUGUGAUUGCAUGGAACACCUAUGACACGAAAUAUUUUUAACAUGUUGUACUUAUAGCAAAUUACACCUUGUAUUGCGAGUAAUUCUAAUUUACUGUUUUGAGACCUGAGAUACUUGGUUUGUAAGCGGUCCAACAGUGUUCGUGUCCACAGGGAGGCGCCAGGCUCGCUCCGUUUAGUUCUAGCAAUUUUUAUUCUUUGUAUGUAUUUUCCAACUAUGAAAUUACAAAGAAAGCAAACAAACGCUUAUUCUACCUACGGGAGUGUUGUCGAGCAAAUCUACCGACCAAAGUGGGUUUAACAUCUAUGAAACCAAAUUAAGACCGAUUCUGGAAUACGCGGCCCCGAUAUGGGGUCGUCUGCCACAGUAUCUUACAGACGAGCUGGAGAGUGUCCAGACUAGAAGUCUGAAAAUUCUUGGGUUACUUCUGAUUCACUUCAGUUUCUAGAGCAACAUCGGGAUAAUCUUGCCAUUCGCGAAUACAAAAAAAAUCAUUAAUGAUGAAACGCACCCAUGCAAGAAAUACAUGAUAUACUUGACAUACAGUGGCGAACACGUACAGUAUGACCUAUUAAGAACACCAAAACCUCUUCCACAAUUCUUCUCAUAUACUGAAAAGGCAUGAACUAUCGUUUAUUCCCAGAACAAACUCGCUAUUAUAGACAAUAUUUUUAUACUCUAUUCCUAGUAAAAUUCGGCAGAUGGGAUAAAGUUUUCAUAUAUAUGCAUGGGAACUCAUUUAUAUCGCACUUGCAGAAUGAGUUCCCACAUGCACGUAGCACCCUACCUCAGCUAGCUGGAUCAUAGAUAUCUUAUAUACACCAGAUAGUGCAUCUAAUUAUUCUGCUUUUUGAAAAAUUGAAGCCGUGAUCAGACUCAGGAUAUUCCCAUGAAAUGAGAAGAUUCGAUCGUAUGUUUUCUAUUUUUUAAACAGGGAACUUAAACAUUAAGUUAACUUAUUCCAAAUGCAUUUUUAAACUAUUCAAAUGAGGAAAGUUAUUGUUGCUUUUUAAGCGUUUAUUAGCGAGUGGGAACUCACAACAUGGCCGCCAUCUAUUCAAAUGGGGGUAACCGCUGGAAUAUUCUUGGCUUCAAUUUUACUGAAAGAGAUGCGCUAUCUAGUGUAUAUAAGAUAUCUAUAAAGAUAAGCUGGAUAUCAGCUCGUUUCUCAUAUACACAAAUUGAAUUUCAUGGGACUACGACGUUUCGAUCGCUGCGCUUCCUAUAGAAAGCUUUCUUAAUUGUUGUUGGUCUGAAAUGACUAUAUAAUUUAGCUACAACAACUUUUAGUUUAAAGCAGUCACUAUAUUAUUAUGAUGAGGAGAAUUAUCAGUAAAACCUAGUAAAACACUGAUAACGAACAACUUGACACAAGUAUACAUAAUUAAUAGUACGUAUAUAAGUUUUUUACUAUAAUAACCCAGAACACAUGUGAAAAACACGUGCAUAGAAAUCUUACUCUGUUAAAUUUUUCCAUGCAGUCAGCACUAUCAUAUUAGUAGGCUCAUCAUAGUCACUCACCCUUAAAAUAUUUCUAUGCAAUUUGGCAGUGUGAUAUUCUCGCUCAAUUCAAUUGCUAUGUCAAUUUGAGGCGGCAAUUUUUUGUAAGAAACUAUAUAUAUAUAGAAUAAUACAUGGGUGCGCGGAAAUACCAGAUUUAUUUCGAGUGUUGAACAUGAUAUCUCACGACUCACGAGUGAGCGCAGCGAACGAGUGAGAUAGUCAUGUUCAACACGAGAAAUAAAUCUGGUAUUUCCAAGCACCCAUGUAUUUUUCUGUUUAUUAUAUAUAAACAAAAUUCAGUGAAAAACAAUAAAACGUCCGUGCCCGUGGCAAUGCGUUUUACAACAAAUGAUAUUUUCACACGUAAAAAUAUCGUAUUUUUUACGUGUAUUUAAAUACGAUUUUUCUCAGUGGCCAAAAACUCUAUAUAACACUUAUGUUUAUAUAAUAAAUAAUCAUAUUGACAUUUUUCAACUGCAGCACAUGCAGUUCGAUUUCGUAUAUGGGAGAAAGACUGUAUAUAAAAUUGAAAUGUGCUCUAAUCUGGCUCUGUAUAAAGUAGACAUGUACAGUUACUAGGCUAUAUCAAAUGUAACUGAAUAUUGCACUACAAAGUCCAAGACAUGCAGUUUAAAUUUUAAUUCCUCUCAUAUAGACGUAUAUAUAUCCCCUCUUUAUAGUAACUUAUCUUUGAAGACUUUAUAAUAAAGUCGAUAAGUUACUCCGACAUACUACAUUGUCAUUGAACAGGGCUUGAAAUAAGGCUCCCGAAGUUCCCGAUCGUGGCAUAAUUGGCUGUCAUGACUUUCCCUACUUUUCCUGGUUGAAAAUCCUAUUUUUUUGCCGAUCAUAAAUAAUUCUUGCCGAUCGGUGAUCGGCUUUUUAAAUUUCAAGCCCUGCUGGCUGCUUUAAUAAUAGUAUUUAACUAGAAUGUUAACAGAUAUAUAUAUACUGAACAUCAAUUUUGUUAUAGAUAGCUAGGCUACAGACUAUAGCCCAUAAAACUACUGUAUAUGAUAUAUAACUUGAUAUACCUACCCUAGGAAAUAACCUAACUUUAACCUUUAAUCGCUGUCAUAUAUAGCAACAGACAAUAGUAUUCAAAUUUCGUAUUAUGAAACAGCGCUAUCAACUUCUAUCAACUAGAAAUGUGCUGUACAGUAACGGCCAUCAGAAGCAAAAGUAUUUUAUAAUAUGACACAAAGACACCUGUUCAGCUUGAACUCCCUAUAAAUAUCUCCUUUCCGUAACUCACCCAUUAAAAAGCUCUAUAGUGCCACACUCAGUAAAGCGCUAUUAACCACCGUUUGAUACCCGAUGCAAGUUACUAUUCCGAGCAACGUUGACGUCAAGCGACGACUAACGCUCGUGUUAGUUUAAGGACCCGAGCGCUUGCCGAACAAUUAGCAAGUUAAAAUUAUCGAUUUGCGAACGUCAUGAGGCGCCCAACAGUAAAUCAAUCGGGCGAUAUACGUCAAUAUAGACGUUACUGUUAGUAUCAUUUUCGGCUACGUGCUACAAGAAAACGGUCAAAAAUCGUAAAUUUUGGACAAUAAAUACUUCAAAAUAGCGUGGGAAUGCUUAUUCUAGCUAUCCCUGAGUUCUAGGGCCUUAAAAUGUGUUAUUUCUAACAAAUCGUGUUCGAUGAUGAGUGAGAAUUAAUAUGCUGUGACGUCGUUACAUAAGUUUAAUAUACGUAAGGAGUUUGCUACGGGGGUCAAUUAUGCCAAGCCCUUUCCCGUGAUAUAUAUAUAAAACGUUCACUUCACAAUGGCUAGCAAUGUGGUUAUUUGCUGUAGACGAACGAGGAGUUGUUACACACAAAACUAUUUCGCAUCAAGGUUUCAAUUACCGAGAAUUCCGUGGCUUGUUUUGAACGGAAGUAAGUGGGCACUAUUUUAAUAAGUCUAGAAUAUUGUAAACUAUGCUAUGUAUGUAAGGUCAUUAUCAAGUGAUGUUUGUAGAAUACUCCAGCAUUAUCGAGAAUAUUCGCGCGUUCUAUAUAUUAUUUGUUAACUUAUGUUAUGGUUCAUAAUAAAAAUAUUGUGGGUAUAAACAUUAGCCUAUAAGUUUAUAGUUUGGUCAAAAUUUAUUUAGCCUUGAGAACACAUUUUAUAGUAGGAGUAAUUAAUAACAGAUUGUAUAAUGCAUCAGGCAUAUAGCCUUUAUGAAAAAGCCUGUUUUAUUUUUUUUAUACAUUUAUGACAAAAUUAUAUUAGUAAAUUUCUUAUCGCUUAUUUUGUAAAUACGGGACAAAGUUAAAAGUGUUUGCACAAAGCCCGAUCCUAUAACAUAAUAUAUAUAUAUAUAUUACAUAGGUAAACGCGGAUGAUAUAUUAAUAUAUAUAUGAUGUCAAUUUUAUACAUAUAUUUUAUUGCUACUGAAAGUAUCUUAAGUCGAGAUUCCGUCCCCAUUUGGUGCAGUUUUCAUUUAUAUAGCCGAUCGAAUUUAAUUUUGCCAGCUUCGUAGAUAAGACUGAAUUUAGUUUAUGUAUAUGAUAUCAGAUGGGAAUACAAUCAUGCAUGCAACAUGCAUCAUUGUAUUGCAUUCGCUUUCUAUUUUAAUAUUUCGCUGUAAGCUCUAAUAUAUUGGUCGUAUCCUCUUUAUUUCUCGUGGCGAUUUUCUUAUGUCAUAACCUAAACAAGUGCAUGAUUAUUAAUUUUACUUGCACCCACUUUUAAAAUAAUAUUGGGCAAGUUGCCGCACCGUACAAUGACGCCCACAGCGGUAUGUACGUACAAAAGUAACUUAAUGACCUCAUAAAAUUUUAAAAAAUCUAUGUAUAUAAACUUACCGAAGCUGGUAAUUAUCAAUGGACAGUAUAAUGAUAAUAAGUAUACACUCAAGGAGGGCUACUCGCAAUCGCCUUGUGCCUUUAUAUGGGUUUAUAGCUAUAUUUUUUAAUCAGUGUAUAACUCAUUAAUUUUAGUUAUUUUCCUAUAAGCACAUAUGAAAUUUAGAAAGAAAAAAAUAUUUUUCAUCACUGUGAGAGGUAAAAAUCUUCGUUUAUCCAUCCAUGAAGGUCAUGAAGGUUAAUCGAAAUCCGUAAGUCUGUAUAGUCACAUAAUAGAAUCAUAUAUAUAAUACUCCGCAGUCCGCAAUAUAUUAUAACUAUACUAUGAACGCCCUAGCUACGUUUAGCCGGUUGAGUUUCGGUUUACAACCAUGCAAUCAUGAUAUGUAUAAAGAUAUACCGAAUAAACACUGCAUAAGAGUGUAUAAACUGACAUGCAAUGCCAGGAAGAGCACUAUAUAGCUCGUCUACAUUUUGCCGAGUAUUUUGGAACUUCGCCAUAAUGUGGUUCGCGAUAUAUGUUUAUAGUAACUGCAUGCUGUAUAAACGGCCACCAAAAACCUGUCAUAGAAAUAGCCCAAAUGAAAUUCAGGUAUUCUGAGGAAGGCUCGAAGUACCGAGUCGAAAGCUCAAUAAAAGUAUAUUUCAAUCUGGAGAACUUUGAUUAAAGUGGAAGUCAAGUCCGUUCUGCGCAUCGGUUCUGCUCAUGCAUAACAAUGUGAGGAACUCUAAUGUGAACAUUGCCCAAAUUUCGAAUUUUUCUGAACAUAAACUCUAUUUCAUAUUCAUUUAGAAGCAUAGAGAAUGGUGUUAGAUAUUCAGACAGUACAUCAUAUUUUAAAAAAUACAGCAGUUCAAAAUGUAAACAAACCGUCUGUUUACAUUACGGACUUGACUUCCAAAUUGUUAACCGCCGGUAUAAACUAGCAAGUGUAACUACCAAAGAAAGCUUUUCUGGGAUGGGUUUCACACAUGUAGACUUAGAGUCUAAAACGUAGGCAUAAAAAGCCACAUGCUGACCUGAAAUGUCAGCAUAUUCCACAGUUCUACCGAGUGAAGCUUCCUUCCGCCGCAUGAAGAGUACACAGUUAGCGGAACUCAAUAUAUACAUUGUCGUCUUGUAUUGUACGAAUUUGUGUCUCUUUUUUGACACACGGUGCAAACACGUAGUUUUUUUAUAACUACGAGGUGACCGAACAUUUCCGACAUUUCGUGGGAAAAUCAGUGAUAUACUGGUUGGCUCAUUACGAAGUUUGAAGGUAGAAAUUUAGGUUACCGGAUUACUCCCUUGCGCCAACAUUGAACCAAAGAAGACUGAAUUUAAGCAAAAUUUAUGAAACAAGAUUGGUAGCUACUUACGUAGAAAAUUGUUCAUGCAGCAAGGCCAAGGGCAUGUACAUGGCACAUACACAUAUAUUGUUACAACGGUCAACAGCAUAAGGUUUUCUUUUGUACACAACGGGAAUUUCCUGCAUCGUGGAAUUGAAACGGACAUCCUCUUGUCUGGAGUGGGAUUAUAUUGUCCUAUAUAUCACUAAGUAGACAUGAGGCUUUUCAAUUAAGUAAAUUUUCUAUAUUUAUUUUGCAACAAAAACACCUGUUUGUACAUGCAGACAUUCAAGAAUUACAAUCUACAAAGAAUCCUGAGUUCUUACAUAAUAUCGUACAUAGAAUCCUAGAAACGCCACUUGAAAAUCAGAACAUUCUAUACGAAAUCGUCGUUGGUGUGGUUUCCUGAAUAUUAUACAUGCCUAUUUCUCAUGCUGUUUCUUAAAAAUUUCGAAAGAACUCUAUAUAGCUACCUCAACAAGUUGACACAAAAUUUCCGCGAGUAAAUUUCUAUGUUACUUUAAUUUACUGAUUUAAUACACAUGUUACUUGAAAAAUUGAUCUUAUACAGUAAUUAGUUAGAAACUUUGUAAUGUGCCUAAACUACUAGCUGGCUGCAAGAAUACAAUGCUACUAAUAAUAUUAGUUCGAAAUCUGAAACAGUAUCUAAUUAUUUGAUAAUAUUAGUGUUGAUAUUAUUAUAGGUUGCUAAACCAAAGCGGUAACGCCAGCAUAAUUAGAUGUCAGUUAAGAACUACCCUCAGAUUUUAAAAUUUAAUCUACUAAGGGCUGACUUUGGCCAAAUUUGAAUAGACUAGCCUUACGGCUUAAACGUACGCCCUGAAGCAGGAUGGGAGCUAGCAGCUUGACUCGUCCAGGUGUGAUGGUUUCCAAUUACAGUUGUCAGACAAGGCGCAUGUAAAUCAUGAAAUAUAACUCUUUAUUCGUAUUGCUUUUGCUUGGAUAUCAAAGUAUUGAUCAAGAGUUUAUAGUGAGAAUAUUAUAACGAGGUAAUGGCGCAAUAGAAGAGGCUAGAAAAUUCUAAAGGCACUGCAACAUGCAACCUUGUAAGUUUAAACAUGUUGUUGACGAGUUAUUCUUUGCACGAGUCGCGCAAAAUAUACGGCACGGAAUUUAUUCUGGUGCAACAACAUGCACUGGUAGUUAUGAAACAUAAUUUAAAUUAACCCCUUUGAGUUAAAGACUAAGUUUGGGGAAAGAAACAGUGAUUAUUGUUAGAUGUAGACUAUAACCGCUUCGCAGAUUGUGUACCGGUGACAGCAGCUUGUAAACAUGCAAAGGGCCGAUGGAGUGACACUAACCUAUUACUGCCUAUUCUUUUGUAGAAGUACCUACAAGUCAAGACAUAACAUUUGCAACAUCGUGUAGUCGUUAUGCCUACCGUCAGACCAAGAACAACAAUCUACCUAUGGGAGUUUCUUUUACAACUUCUGGACGGCGAGGAGAACUGCGCGGCUAUCUCUUGGGUGAACCGAGAACGCGGGGAGUUUGUACUCAAAGAUCAGAGCGAAAUAGCAAAGCUGUGGGGGAAAGUUAAAGGAAGACCUCGCAUGGAUAAGAUCAAACUUGGACGCGCCAUGCGAUAUUACUACAAGAAAAAACUGUUGGCUAAGGUAUGUAUUAUAAUAUGGCUUUAUUUGAAUUGGAAUAUGACACUAUAUUUUUGUGUGAUAUAAUUUUUAAGAAAUCAUAUAUUUUGUCGCCAUGUAUACAAGCACUUUGUGGUAUUUAGCGGUUAUUUAUGCACCCUAUUGCUACCUCCUCCGCAGGUCAUACAGCCCGUAAUGAGUAUGCCCUAUUGCUUACUUAAGCAGAUGAGGUGUUUUGUAAUUUCUACUCUAUGUCGACAAAUGCUUUGUAGAAUUUCAUCUUUGAGUUGUAUAUAUUUAAUAAAGCAUGACAAAUAUGAAACGUUAAUCAAAAUUUUCUCUAUAAAAUAUCCAGGUUCCCAGAAGAAAAGCAGUGUACCGUUUCACGAAAUUUGACUAUUUGAAACAAAAGCAAGCCGAAAUAAUCCGCCACGACGAUUUUCCCGAAAUCGAUUUCAACGACAACGCCAUAAUUGACCUAAUCAAUGAUGAUAAGUCCGAAGGCGAAUCGUCACUUCCGGCGGAAGUGGAAGGCGAUGAGGAUGAUACACCGCUGGAAAGUUUGCUUGCGGAAAAGAACCAAGUAUUUCACGCCGAGAAAUGUCAAAAGUUGCUUGCUGUGGAAGACGCGUUUGGUAGUAUGGACAAUCUAAAUGAGAGUGGAUGCAGUUUCUAUGAUUAUAACAAUGCUGCUGCAAACUUUAUUAGUCAAAACGAGGACUAUUAUGUACCGUGCGCUGAGGUGACUCCUAUAUCCGUAUACGAACGUCAGAACCUUCCAAGUUACAUGAAGAAUGGAGGUUUUGAACCAGUGAAUUAUAACGUGCCUCAAUGUUACUACCCAUCGGUAGACUAUAACAACAAUUACUCACAAUGCGACGUAGAAACCGGUGGUCAUUUAGCAUCGUUACUAUUGAACAGUAUUUUGAUGAGCGAUCAACAAAUUUUAGAGGACUCAAACAACUUAAGACAAAGUUAUAAUCCCGUUCCAGUAUCGUGUACUUCCACUUCAGGAAAUAUUACACCAGAGGCUAUUGUUUCACCAACACUUGCUCACAUGAAAACCGAACCGUUUGUACAUAAUUCAGCAACGUCAGCACAAUUUCAAGACAUUGAUGCGGACUCAACUUGGAGCACACUUAAGGAAUUUGAAAGAUUACUAAUGAUUAACAGAAGCUUUUAAGUUCGAACAGUUUUUAGAUAUAGUUUUAUUAUAGUUUUAUUGUAUACAGAGAAAUUAUUUAAUUAAUUAAAGAAAUUAUUAUAAGAAAACAUAGUAUUUCAAAGAAAGUUUAAAUAACAAAGUUUUAUUU